AGUAAAAGUCUAGCCAUAUAUCACUAUAGUCUAUAUGAAUAUAUCCAUAGAUGAUAGAACCCACCAAAAACAAUGAGCAUGUUAUCUCGAGUACACUCAAUCUCAAUGGCUGCCACUAUUCUCAUGAAGCCAAAUAGAGGAUUAUCACGUGUAAUUCCUCAUGAUUCAUUCAUCUUUCUUCACUCUCCAACAUUUCGUUCAUUUUCUCUCUCCUCCCCACUUAGUCCUUCAGAGAUAUGCCAAACAACACAAGCUACAAAGAGUGAAGUGGAUGUAUUACUAAAAGCAGUUAGUGAUAGAAAUCUUGCUGAACAGAUCAAGCAUAUUCUUGAUAUGGCGAAUCGAGCAUCACUGAGACGAGAAGUCCUGCAUACGGAUUUUCUUACCCCACCUGUAUUAGAAGAGGCUAUGGCUGCCUUGAAAAAAUUAGCCGAUGUGAAUGCUAUUCCUAAUGGAGGGUACCCGGAGGCAGAGCGAUGUCGACUUACAGUUGGACACCCAGAUGUUCUUAGAACUGUUCCUGAUACAGUUGCAGCAUUAAGCAUUACAGGAAAUUUUGGGUAUCAACCACCUUCCCAUGGUGACUUCCUUGGCUCUGUUCUAGGCACAGGAAUUGCUAGAGAAAAGCUUGGAGAUAUUAUGCUUCAGGGAGAAAAGGGGGCUCAAGUUCUUAUCGUUCCUGAGCUUGUUGACUAUAUGAUUUCAUCAUUGGACAAGGUUGGUAAGGUUCCUGUUUCAUGUACAUUGAUAUCAUUGGAAGCACUCGAGUAUGAACCACCCAGUACCAAGACACUAAAGACUGUAGAAUCCUCAUUGAGAGUUGAUGCAAUAGCUAGUGCUGGAUUCAAAAUUUCACGGUCGAAGUUUGCUGAUUUGAUAAGUAAAGGAGAUGUCCGCAUUAACUGGAGUACGGUGACAAAAAACGGAGCCACACUUAAGACUGGUGAUAUGGUCUCAGUCAGUGGUUGUGGAAGACUCAAGAUCGGCGAGAUAAUUACAACGAAGAAGGGAAGAUAUGCAGUUGAACUUAUACGAUAUAUUUAGUGAACUUCGAGCUUCAACUGAUAUAUGAUUUUAUGAUCACGUAGUAAUAUCGAUAAGUUUUGCCUUGUACUUGAAAUCACCAAUUCACCAUCUUUUGUCUGAGAGUUGGAAUUCAGUAAAUUUCUUGUAACUCUGUGUAGUCUUCAUUUUAUAGUAAUUUGCAACUCCUUUCAUAUACAUAAUACACUAAUAAGGAUACUAGUCCAGAUGGGUAGCUUCUGAAUUUAUGAGGUCAGCAUGAUGUAAUAAAGGGGAGAGUCAGUUAUGCAUGCUGCAUAUUGCUUCGGAUAUAAGCUUGUAAGUUGACUUGAGAUAUAUUAAUCUAUGAGAUUGUUUGGCAAUCAGCUAUUGGUUGGUUUA